GUACUGUUAGACUAUUUCAUGUUGAAUAAUCAGUGUACACAUUGUUCAUACAUUCCAUAUAAAAUUUACUGUUACAAAGUAGGUAACCAUGUCGCGCCAAGUAGAUUCCAACAUCUCUAAACUAUUGGAAGGUCUUGGUUUGGAAGGAGAUGAAAACGAUUUUUGUGAUUUUACUAUCGCUGAUCAAAAUAGUGUUGCUGAAUCUCAGGGUAUAACUCCUACAACACCGUCUAAUUUCAAACCUGUACUUGGGGAGAAUGUCACAUACGUCGUCGCUUGUGUGAUAAUUAAUGAAAGUAAUGAAGUUUUAAUGAUGCAGGAAGCUAAAGAAAGCUGUGCAGGCAAGUGGUACUUACCUGCCGGUCGAAUGGAGAAAGGAGAAACUAUCGUUCAAGCUGCUUUAAGAGAAGUUUUAGAGGAAACUGGUAUGCAUUGUGACCCCAAGACUUUACUGGCCGUUGAAACAGCAGGCGGCAUGUGGUACAGAUUUGUAUUAAUUGGUGAUGUCGUUGGGGGUCAGCUCAAAACUCCUGCUAAUGCAGACAAGGAAUCUUUACAAGCAAAAUGGAUAUCAAACUUACAAGAGAUAACACUGCGAUCUAAUGACAUAUUGCAUUUAAUUGAGAAAGCUAAAUUAUAUAAACAAAAUCAUUCCAGUGGGUCCUGGCACAAAAAUUUAAUGCCAGCACCAAUUUUACACACAAAGGAUUUGUUGAGGUUGAUUGUUGUGAUAAAAAAAAGAAGUACAAACAAAUUGCAUGUGUUAUUGAGUGAGAAAACAUCAAUACAUUUUCCAACAUGUGAAAUAAAUCCUGCUAAAAGUAUCCAUUCAACAUUGAGGAGAUUUAUGGUAGAAAUGUUUGGAGCAGAUGUUGGCCAACACAGGCCUCUGGGAUUACUGAAUGUAGAAGCUGAUCCAGGAGCUGAUGGACUAUGCCUGACCUUGCUUGUUGCCUUUCGCCCUCCUCUCGAAGAAGUACCCCUGAUUGGCAAAUGUGCCUGGCAAGAGGUUGGUCAAGACAAUGAAAAUAGACUGCUUGCUUUAAUCACAACUAAGAAUUCAACUGUUGAAUUGCAUGUCGUCCGUUAGUUUAUGGAUUUUAUUUUUAAUGCCAUGAACAUCAAAGAAUACUCAAUCACAUAGUUAUUAUACUUGACAUUAUUUUAUAAUUGACUGG